AUGAUAUUCCCAGAUAUAAUAACAGCACUAGUACUUGCUGCAGCCGAUUGGGUUAAGUACUACUGUAUUCCAUUCGACACAGAAGUGGGUGUAAAAUACAUGGCGCUCUAUUGUGACAAGUAUGAAAAAACGCCGUUAGCUUCUGAGCCACAUGGAAAAUCCAUCAUUUGCCAUACAAUUAUACAUCUUCCACAUGGACAGAAGAAAUUUGCCGAUUCGACCAGAAAUACCAGUUUCGUGAUGGCUUGCGAUAUUUUGGGCGACGUAUUGGUGCCCGAUAUUGCGCUGGUUAACAGUUGCAUCAAAAAAGGCUUCUUAAAGGCGCAGGUGCAAAUUUCAUUUGAUCUCAACAAUGACUGGCCGUGCAGACUUUUUGCUGUGAUUGCAAAUGGGUCAGUGAAGCAAAUCGACUGGGAAGAAAUAAAUGCAAAAUCCAAGGAUGCUACGAACGAAUUUAAUCCACCAACAUCAGAGAUCAAUUCGCAUGAAAACAGGCGUCUCAAUCGUCGCGCUGAACAGGAAGCAGCUUUUAAUGAGUACUGCAGGAAAGUGCCUGAAAUUUAUCGAGGACCACAGACGAAAGUGAUUAUAUCGGACAGCAAGAAACCGGAAUACUCAAAACCAGCACCUCCAGUGCCAGUCGAGACACGGAAUGAGGUUUGCCAUAUUAAGCACCAAUGUCAUUUGUGA